AUGGGAGAUGAACUACCUGAAGGAUGGGAAAAGCGAGUGAGUCGAAGUUCUGGCAAAGAAUAUUAUUUGAAUCUGUAUACAAAAGAGAGCCAAUGGGACCGCCCAACUGAACCUGCUUCUGAGGAGCAGGACACUGUCCAGUGUUCUCAUUUAUUGGUCAAGCAUAAAGACUCCCGCCGGCCCUCAUCCUGGAGAGAAGAAAAGAUCACACGGACUAAAGAGGAGGCAAUUAACAUUCUUUCAGGUUACAGAGACCAGAUAAAGAGUGGCAAGGCUGAUUUUUCAGACCUCGCCUCCAAGUACAGCGACUGCAGCUCUGCUAAAAGAGGUGGUGAUCUUGGUAUCUUUGGGCACGGUCAGAUGCAGAAACCUUUUGAGGAUGCUUCGUUUGCUCUGCAGGAUAUUGUAAUUCUAUCUAUCUAUCUAUCUAUCUAUCUAUCUAUCUAUCUAUCUAUAUGGUGGACUCUCCUAUCGUGA